CAGCCGCCUGCCCCGCUCCGCCCCCGUAUCGCUCGGAGCCAAUCAGAGCGCGGAACGCUGUGUGGCGGAUGUGGGUUGUUGUCGGGAUCGCGGUGCUAUGGCUGCUGGCUCCGCAGUGCUGCUGACGCGGGCUCUGGAGACGCUGGAUGUUGGUGGUGCAGCAGAUAAGAUUAGUUUGAUACCUCAAGACUUCUUUGCAGAACUAUGUGAGCAGAUAAUUCAACAUCUUAACCAUAAGAUCCCAGGUGUAAAUACAGUUGAACUGUGUCAGAGACUGCAGACAUCUGGGAUUGAGGUUAAUGUUGGUGACCUGGCAAAAAUAACUAACGCUGUGUCCUUUUUGUUUAGCACAGCAGCCAGGAACAAUCUCUCUACGGAGGAGCUCAUCGCUGCCUUGGGCAGCACAGUCAACACACUGCCUAAACAUGCGAUACAGGUUAUUCGUCAUGUAUGGAAUGAGCAGGGCAAAUCUGUUGAUGUGUCAGAAGAUGAAGGAAAUAUGACCACAGUGGGCCAGUUUGUAGAUAUUAAAUGGAAACUGGGAGUUGCAAUGAGCUCUGACACCUGCAGGUCUCUGAAGUAUCCGUAUGUUACAGUGACACUAAAAGUAGCAGACCCCUCAGGACAAAUAACCAACAAAUGUUUUGAAAUGACAGUCCCACAGUUCAAGAACUUCUUCAGGCAGUUCAAGGAAAUGGCAGCUGUUCUUGAAACAGUUUGAACAGAACUGUUCUUGAUACUGAAAUUUCUGAGAGAUUUGUAUCAGGUAAACUUUAUGUCCUGUGCAGAACAAAUACAUGCCUUGCUGAACAAUGGCAGUAUCCUUAUCCUUUUGGUGGGUAUUUGUCACAGUCAUCCUUACGUUGCUGUGAAGUUUUCUUUGCUUCUGAAAACUUGAAGCCAAUUCUGUUUAUAAAAGUGGUCAGCUUUGUUUAUCCUUAUAAACAAAAGAUCAGGCUCUGUACAGAAAAAUGUCACAGUAGGCUUUUUGCUCUCUGAGAGUGAAAAACUACAUUUAAGAAACUACACAUUUAGCUCCAGAAUACAGAAAGAUGUGAAAAUGUUAAUUUGGCUGAGAAAAUACUAAGAGAAGUGUAAAUCCCACAUUAAAGUUUUGUCUGUAAAAUUGAGAUGUGUUUGGAAUCAAUAGUAAUAUUAACUGUAUGGAGUAUAUGAAAUUACACGUGGCAAGCAUACAAUUAUUCUUGAAGAAUAGCAAUGUCAAGUAGUUAGUUGCAGGUAUUUGCACACCAGGCUUUCAGUUUUCUUUUAAAUGGAAUAUGCACUUGUUCUAAUGGCCUGACUAUUUUGAAUACUUAUUUCUCACCACCCAGACUUCUGAAAAUUAAAUUUCCCUGGAAACCUACUUUUUUCUCCGAAAUGAAGCCUGGAGGUUAAUUUUAAAUAUAGGAAGAAAGUUGAAAUUAAUUCCAGAGCAUUUCAAUGUGUUUUUUCCUUUGUAUUUAAUCCAGCUCUAAUCUGUGGCACUCUGCUUGAUGUUCUUCGUAGCAGCCUGAUUUCUGAUUAAAUUAAAAUAUUGAUGUGGCUGCCUCACUCUGUGCUCUGAACUAGAAAAACUGGGAAGAGGCUUAAAAGUUCAGGCUAGUGCAUUAGUCAUACACAUCAGAGAAAUGACUAUACUGAAAGUCAACAAGUGUUUGGCAGGAGUCUGGUGGACUGCGUUGCUUUCUCAUGCAGAAAAUGUCCUAACCAGAAAAAUUUUGACUUUGAUUCUGAAGGCGAAUGGGGACAUUUUCAAAGGGAGAGUGAUAAAUGGCAGUAUGCUUGCAUUUCAUUUUUUCUUCUGUUUAACCUUUAGAACUAGAAGUAUAGCAGGGUCUUUAAAAAAUACUACUGUUGCAUUUCAAGACUUGCUGGUAAUGUAGUAAGGCAGAUAAAUCUGAAGAGAGACAAUUCACGCUGAUAAGCUGCUGGAAUUUAUGCCGUGGCUUCAGACUAAGAAGCAGUGUUGUUGGGACGGAUCUUUACAUAAGAACAUCUGCCUUUCUAAUGCACAUAAAUAGUUUAUUAACUUUUCUUAGAAGCUGGCUGAACAUCAGUGAUGCAAGUUUUGCCCACUUUUGUCUCAGGAAAAUGGACUGCAACACAGAGCAGACUGCAGUCCUUCCUAUAGAGGUACACUCCCACUCUGUAAGCAUUAUGCAUAGUACAUAAAAACAGUACUUGGAGUUACUUAGAUCUCAAAUAAAUGAAACGUUGUCUUUAACAAAA